ACUGAGGAAAUGAUGCAUACACAGAAGACUGAGACAAUGUUAUCCAGCCUACAGGGAAUUUUGUGGCUUAGUUUCUUUGAGCUUAUAUACAGUAGUUCAGGCAUUCUCAGUCAAGAAAUAACCAAUAUCUCAGCCAGAGAAGGAGAUGAAGCCAGGCUUCCUUGCAGUUACAAAAUCUCUGAAGGCAGAUCUCUAGAAUCUUACUAUAUCUACUGGCAAAAGCCUACCUUUGGUAAAUCAGACCUGGUUGUGAUUUCUUACAAGCAUGGAAGAGAAUCUGAAUCUGAGAAGGACGUGCAUUAUAAAAACAGAACAAAGAUGGAUAAGCAUAAUCUUACACUUUCAAUCUCCCCAGUGAAACUAUCAGAUAUAGGCAUAUAUAAAUGUAUUGCCAUAUUGCGAACUUCCAAAGAAGGGGAAGGAUUUGCCAGUUUAUCUGUGAUAGCUCCAUUUAGUAAGCCUAUCAUCCAGUAUAAUUCAUCCAGUGAUCGCUGUGACCCAACAGAGUUGACACUGAGCUGUUCAUCUCAUGGAGGUUCUUCAUGGCCAAAGAUGUAUGGAUUUGUCAAUAAAAAAGCAGUGAAUUGGACCUCCACUGUCACAGACAACAACCAAUAUAAACUUUUUAAUAUUACUGGCACCUUGCAGUUAAACAUGACAGAAAAUAUGUUGGUCCAGUGCACAGUCGUAUUUUCAGAUUUCCAAGUGUCAACCAACUUUAGCUUGAAUAAGACAACGAAGUGUCUUAAACCCACAUUGCCACCAUUGACUCCAUUUGGGAUCAUCAUUUCUUCAGCAAUGAUCCUGAUUUUCCUUCUAGCUGUGGUACUGCUAGUAACACUCCAAUACUACUUUCGCAAUCAUCCAAAGCCCUCCACCACACAUCAAUCACUGCCAACAGAUGAAGUGAUGCUCCAGGAGCUCUCUAAUGGGCAGACACCUUCAGGUCUGAGGAGGUAG